AUGGCACUGCCCCAGAUCAGCACCGCCGACCAGGCCAAGCUGCAGCUGAUGCAGGAGAUGGAGAUCGAGAUGAUGUCCGAUUUAUAUAACCGCAUGACGAACGCUUGCCACAAGAAGUGCAUUCCGCCGCGCUACUCCGAGUCGGAGUUGGGCAAAGGCGAGAUGGUGUGCAUCGAUCGUUGUGUGGCCAAAUACCUGGACAUUCACGAGAAGAUUGGCAAGAAGCUGACGGCCAUGUCCAUGCAGGACGAGGAGCUGAUGAAGAAGAUGUCUAGUUAACCUGGCACCCAUUAACCCACAUUUCCGCUUAACCAAUGUGCAUUUUAGAAGCGCUACGAUUGUUAGAGGUACAUGUACAAAAUACCCAGUUGUAGAAAAUAAACCACAGAUUUAUGUGUGCUACAUAACAUCA